UUUAUGUCUUUAUGUGUGUGAAGUUCAGAGAAGCUAGGCCCUAACGGUAAAGAAAAGUCAAAAGUUUUGGCAAUCAAAUUAACGAGUCUUUAAACGUUUUAAGAUCAACAAUAAGCAACAAUAUGGAGGUCAGCGCUGAGGCCAAGAGGAUUAUGGUCCAAGCUCUAGGCAAACUGUACAGCUCGCGCGCCCAGCGCGGGGGACACCGUCUCCAUCGGAGCCUGCUGCUGACGCUCGUGAUGCAGUCCGCCCGGGAUAUCUACCACGCAUCGCAGGUCAGUUGUGAAACCACGACAGCAGCUGAGCUGGUCCAGCAAGAGUCACCGAUGGAGGAAACAACUGGAGACCGUUUGGAGAGGGAGGUUUCCUCGUCUCCUUCUGGACUACCCGCGACCCCCCAGCCCCAGGAGAGUGCAGUAUCCUCCGAGGACGAAACGAACUCACACCCGCUGCACUCCAGUGUAACAGCAGGUCGAGAAGACAAGGAGAACCGGGGCCCGUCGAGGCCUGACCGUAACGCCAGGAAGAGACGGGGCAAAGCCGCCGCGGAGCCCGACUUCCUCCCCUGCAAGAAAGCGAAAAUGGAGCAAGGGAGAAAUACGUUCAUAUUGAGCUCUGUGAAUUGCUACGGUGUCGGUGGGGACUCCCUCGUCUCAUCGGUACCCAUAUUAAGAGCAAUUUCAGCAUUUUGAAGCGACAAUGAAGAGUUUGCUUUGAUUUGGGUUCAUAACUAAACUUUUGUGACCGAGCAGAAGGAAUGCGCAAUGCGAAAAACUAUCCAGGUAUGAGCUGGGAAGAGCGAGAGGAGGCCGCAUAUGCGUUAAGACACUAUACAACGCUGUGGUCUCUAAUGUUGGAAACGGGUCUGUCUCGGGAACUCAGUGGAGAUUUCUCCCGAAACUUGGAGCUUGUUUUGUGAAAGAUGGGACUGAUCGUUAACGUAAAAGAGUUCCUGUUUUCCCGAUGUGGCUUUCCCCGCUGGCGGACGGGAGACAGGAGAACAUUGUUUGGUCUAAUACUUUCUAGGGUUGGGCCUGGUCGAAAAGGACUGAAUACAAUACACGGCACAAGCCUAAACCGACGGAAUAGUGCUGGUUACACGGACUUGUAUAGCCUACACGUGCGCCAUGGUGCUGAAAAUACCUACUAUUUGCUAUUAAUCACUGUUGUGGGUCCCAGUAAUCCAAACAUUUGGUCUAUUACAUAAACAUAAACUGAUCCGUGAACUGUUCUGAAUGUGAUGCAUUCAAAUUUAUAUUUUGUUAAUUUUGAAUUGUAUGUUAAUUGGAUAAAACUGUGGAACUUUUCUUGCAUACGAACCCACAAUGAAUUGUAUCGACACUGAUAACCAAAACUGUGAAACAAACCAUUCCAAUGACACUACCUCAGUUGUAUUUAUUAAAACGUUUUAUAAUGAACUUGAA